AUGGCGGUCGUGCUGAGAACUGCUCUUGGUGUUUUAAUACUUAUUGCUAGUUUGCGUGUUAAAAAGUGUGCUUUCUUGAGCCCUGAUAGUGUGGGGUUAUCUAUUACUGGUAAUGAAGUAUCUUUCGACAUCGAAACUCACAUUCUAUCGAGUUUAUGGCAAGCAAAAGGUGGGAAAUUCAACUUUCGUGUGUGCUCAUCGAACCGAAGUCUGAUAAAUCUGCUGAUCUUAAUGUGUGGGGAUAUACAUUCCUGCCUUGGCCCAUCGCCAAUGGCUCAAUGUUUAUCGUGUCCAGCGUGCUUAAGAAAGAUAAGGAACAACCAGUCAAGAAUGAAAUGUAUAUCGUGUGAAAUGUUUUUUCACAUGAAAUGUUUUGGAGAAGAAGCCGAUCGAGUACGUACUUGCAAACUCUGUCAAACGCCGGUUCUUGAUUCCACAGACCCUAGGAUUGAUAACUGCAGUAUACUGAACGAACUGAAGGAUAUUGUUGAGUCCCGUGGAAUUAAGUUAAUACAUCAAAAUAUUUGCAGUCUCCUGAGGAAAAUGGACGAACUAAGACUAAUGAUAUCAGAAUUGAAAUCUGGUAUUCAUAUCUUAACCCUAUCGGAGACAUGGCUCGCAGAAAACAUCUCGGACGCAGAAAUUGAGAUCGCAGGGUAUCGAACAUUUCGGAAGGACAGAUGUUCUAAAGGGGGCGGAAUUGUGGCAUAUGUAAGAAAUGAUCUGGCAGUGGUGAAAAGGACGGACUUGGAAACUGUUGAUGUCGAAGGUUUAUGGCUUGAGAUAAGUUUGCCUAAGUCUCAUGGCUUUCUCGUUGGGGUGUUCUACAGGCCGCCUGACUCUUCAGAUUAUCACGAUUGUGAGUUUAUGCCUAAGUUUGAUGCAAUGUUGGAUCUGGCGAUCGAACAAGGUAGAGAAGUAAUCAUAACUGGUGAUUUCAACUGUGAUUUCCUCCCAGUCAAGGCAACUACAUCGUAUUGUAAACAACUUAAAUCUAUCCUAAGAGUACAAUAUUUCUCCCAAUUAAUCAACGCUGCUACACGUAUAACCAAAAGUUCUAACACUUUGUUAGAUCUUAUUGCUACAAACUUCCCACAAAACAUAAGCCGCUCUGGUGUAGUGUGUACCGGUUUGAGUGAUCAUGAGAUGGUUUACUGUAUUAGAAAAAUUAACUGGAAGAGGUCACCAGAAAGGAUUAGAACAGUAAGAAAUUAUGCAAAGUAUGAUGCGGCAAAGUUCUGCGAGGAUUGUGUCAAUGUCUUUAACAAUACCCUAGUAGAUACAUCAUGCUUAUCCGUUAAGGAACUUUGGUUACGGUUCAAGUCACUCUUUACUGAAAUAGCUGAUAGGCAUGCACCGUUAAUGAAUAAGAAAGUAAGGUCUAAUCACCCUUGUGCAUGGAUAAACAGCGAGAUUAAGAAAGAAAUCAGACAGCGUGACCAUGAACUUAAAAAGGCUAGGAAAUCUAAUUCAAAUGAAGAUUGGGCAACAUACCGUAGGACUAGAAAUAAAGUAACAAACAGAAUCCGCUCAGCGAAAGAAAAAUAUCAUAGGAAUCUUAUUUAUGACAAUAGUCAUAAUCCACGAUCGUUUUGGAAAACUAUGAAAAAGGUCUUUCCUGUAGAGAGUAAACAUGUGGCGACUAAUGUAUUGAUUGUAUUGAUUAAUGGGAAACUGAGUAAAGAUAAACAACAAAUUGCUAACGCAUUUGGUGUAUACUUUACUGAAACAGUAUCGCGGCUGCACCAAUCGUUUAGUAAUCUUUGUAACAACAUAGGAAAUAUUACAUCGCAGUGUUUUUUCAAUCGUUUAAACAGUGGUUUUGUAUUUAAAUUCGAGGAAGUGAAAGAGCAGUUUAUUCUAAAUAAUUUGCAUAAAAUUGAUGUUAAGAAAGCAGCUGGAUUAGAUAAUAUACCACCACGACUUCUGAAAGACACUGCUAAUGUUAUUGCCAGACCACUCACAAAGAUCAUUAACGUAUCCCUCGAACAAGGAACAGUGCCUGAUGAUUUCAAACUUGCUAAGGUAAUUCCUGUUUUUAAGAAAGGACAACCCGAAAAUAUGGACAACUACAGACCGAUCUCAGUUCUUCCCACAGUGUCUAAGCUAUUAGAGAAAGCAGUCCAUGAGCAGUUGUAUAGAUUUUUAACAACGAAUCAUCUCUUGAAUCCUUACCAGUGUGGUUUUCGUAAAUAUCACUCAACGGAAACUGCGGUUAUUUCUCUCACAGACUCUAUUCGAAGGAACAUUGACCAAAAGAUGCUUACAGGAGCCAUAUUUGUAGACCUUAGGAAGGCGUUUGACACCGUAGACCACUCCCUACUUUUGGCCAAGUUGGAGAGUUACGGCGUAGUUGAAAGUGAACUUGAGUGGUUUAGUAGUUACCUUAACGAUCGACCGCAAAUAGUUACCUUUCAGAAUAUGCAAUCAUUGCCAUGUAAUAUUUCGUCUAGAGUACCACAGGGGUCUAUUUUAGGGCCCCUACUGUUCGUCCUGUUUAUUAAUGAUCUUCCAGCAGCUGUUCAACAAUGCAAUGUUCUGAUGUAUGCCGAUGACACGGUACUUUUCUUCGCAGAGAGGGACAGUGGUGUAAUACAGAAUGUGUUAACAACCGAGCUGGAAAAUUUGAGAGCUUGGCUGAUGGAAAACAAACUGUCUCUUAAUAGGAAAAAAACAGAGACGAUGUUGUUUGGAACUAAUGCAAACUUAUCAAAGGUAACUAAUUAUGAGCUCUCAAUUGAUGGCUUUCCAUUGAAGCGUGUAACUGAUUAUUGUUACCUUGGUAAUACUUUAAAUGCAAAUUUGUCUUGGCAUUCACAUGUUGAUAAUGUAGCAAUGAAAGUGGGCAGAAGAAUUGGCAUGUUACGUCGACUACGUAACAACCUGACCCUAAAUGCGGCGGAAACGGUUUAUAAGUCGUUCAUUCGCCCUCUUAUGGAGUAUGGGGACAGUAUUUGGACGUGCUGUGGUGAGCAAAACAAAGGAAGGCUCGAGAUACUCCAAAAGCGUGCUGCCAGAGUGAUUUCCAGGUACACGCGAAGUGAUGACGCAAUGGAAAGUCUCAGAUGGGACAGCUUAGAAUCAAGAAGAGACGUACAUGUUCUCAAACUGGUUAAAAAAUGUAUUCUACGGAAAUGUCCACAAUUUUUUAAUAAUUAUUUUGUUUUUAAUCGUGACAGUUCCUCGCGAAUAACAAGACAAUCAGACAAACUUCGUUUGCCUAAAGUAAGAACUGAAUCUGCAAAGAAUUCUUUUUAUUAUUAUGGAUGCAAGGUUUUUAAUAAGUCUAAUUAA